AUGACGGCAAAGACCCAUCAACCAUCGUCUAAGUUUUACGUGGAAGAUGUCGUCCAUCGUAAUGGAGCACCGCAGGACUACGGUAUAAUAACCAGGUCCUGGAGUAAUGAAGAAGAACUCCCUUUGGAGGGAGAGGACUCCGAUGAUCCCUUCCUGCGCCCGCUUCAAAAUGGUGAAGUCGGCGUAACGUGGGCGCAUCCGUCUGGACGCGACAUUGUUCACGAAUCGGAACUCGUUCUUGUGGAUCGAGCUUUCGGACCCGGAGAUCUGUGCAAACGCAAUAUAGACGACAUACCCUCAGGGAUAAUCACGAACGUGGACUGCAGAGUCCUGCUUUGUCACGCCGUUGAUGAGACGCCAAUAGAAGGCUGGAAAACUAUGGAAGAGCUUGAGGAUCCGCAGGAUGUUGAACUUGGCGAUUUCGUGGUGCAUGCCGAUUGGAUAGGACAGAUCGUCGAGAUGUUCGAUGAAGCUAUUGUUCAAGUCGAAGGAAGCCGCCGCCUUGUGCGCGUCCCCGAACUCAGUGCACAUCUCAUGGUUGGCGACAAGGGAAAGGAUAUUUUGCCGGAGCCCGCGUUCAUGUUACCUAUGUUCGGUCUUCAUACACCAAUGCCCAGACCGGCAGAAACAGAUACAGUUCUGGACGUCAAGCAUACUGUCCUAGCAGUCUCGUGGCUUGCUAUCAAUCAAUCGUUAGAUCCACUCCAUGCAGCUCAAAAGCCACGCCCACCUCGGUUCUGGUACGGGAACACAUUGUCGCAGUUGACGUUGGUACGGUUGCGGUCAGAUUGCACGCCGAGGCGUGGUGAUAGAGUUCAUCUGAAAGACAGCUCCCUCGUCCCUAUCACCAAGCACGGAGAAGGAGAUCCCAACGGUCCUAUUGAGGUCAAUACCUUGAUGGUGCAAGACAUCAGGACAAAUGUUGACGUGCUGUGGCAAGACGGGUCCAGUCAACGAAAUGUCCCGUCGACUUCAUUGGUGCCAUACCUGAACCCAAGCGAUACCGACGCGUGGCCUGGAGAUUACGUCCUAUGGAAAUGCGAAGGUCACAGUCGACCGGCGGUUGUUCAAUCCGUCAAUGCCGUGGACCGGACUUGCAUCGUGCGCUAUAUGGACGAUCAUACCCAAGACUUGGCAUCGUUGCUUGAGUUAGAUGCAUACGGCAUUGACGACCCUUCUGGUCCCAUGUCUUCCUCGCAUGAAGGACUUGGUUUGAGCCGCGGCGAUCUUGUCCUCAUUCAUCGGGAAGGGACGACCAAUGGAGCAGGGAGCUUCAGAGUGCCGAAGAUUGGCGAAGUUGAAGAUUGGGCUAGGGAGCCUCCGGAACUGGAUGAGGACGGACAGCUGGUCGGGUGGCGAGCAGAGAUGUAUGGCAUUGGCGUCAGCCUCGCGAAGCAAGGCGGAGCGGCAGUUCAUCGUGAUGGUCAAGUAACAUCGAGUAAAUGCUACGAUGGAUCACUCAAUUGGCUUGGUGAAGUGAUGGAUCUGCGUCUGGAUGGUAGCGUUGAAGUUGGAUUGCCUGAUCGUACGGCCGCGGUGUUUCCCUUGGAACGUCUUACAAAGCUCUACGACGGCAUGGAUCAACUGGACGACAUGUUCGAUGACGGCCUUUCCAUCCAUUCCUCCGAAGACGACGGCAACGACAUCCAAGUGAUGGAUUCCAACGGACAGUGGGCGGACGUGAACGAGGACGAGGACGGCUGGGAGGAUGAAAUGGACGUUGACUCCAUAGAGGACAAAGAGACGUCCUCGAUACCUGAACCUGCUGCGGCACCCACAUUUUCAAAGAGGGACAGCGAGCAGGAGCCAAUAGAAACGCCUUCCGACAAGACACGAUCAGAGCAGUCUCAACUGACCACACCUGACGAUGAUAUAACCAACUGGACCCGUUUCGCGCUUCUUCCGUCUGCCCCAGCUGAUCACGCUUUCUAUACGACUACUCCGGGACAACCAUCUAGGCACUUUCUCUCGAGGCUUGCAAAAGAAUAUAGAGUGUUAUCCAGCAGUUUACCAGACACUAUACUCGUCCGAGCGUAUGAAGACCGUACUGAUCUUCUGCGGACGUUGAUCAUUGGUCCUGAGAAUACACCAUACGAAGAUGCCCCCUUUGUGAUCGACUGGAUGUUGGAAUCAGAUUUUCCUCAAUCACCGCCGAAAGCGCAUUUUCUGAGCUGGACCCAUGGGAACGGAAGAGUAAAUCCCAAUCUCUACGAGGAGGGGAAAGUUUGCUUGAGCAUCCUUGGGACGUGGUCGGGAGACAAGACCGAGACCUGGAGCCCCGCCAGGUCAUCUUUGCUUCAAGCCCUGGUUUCAAUACAGGGCUUAGUGCUGGUUAAAGAGCCCUGGUUCUGCGAGCCUGCGUAUGAGAAACUCAGGGGAACCGAAGAAGGUUCGGUUAGCAGCCGUCUUUACAGCGAGAAAGCAUACGUGCUUUCCCGAGGCUUUGUCCGUCGUGCUCUCGAGUUGCCACCUACCGGCUUGGAGACCGAAAUAAACUGGUUAUACCGCAAGAAGGGGAAGCUUGAAAAAGUCAUCCAAGAUGCUCGAACGCUUGUCGAUAAAAGCAAGUCGUCGAUACCACCGACGGAGAAGGAGAAUGACCGCGCGGUUGCACGCUUGACAGAAGGAGGGAUCAUCGCCUUGAACCGCGUUCUGGUCAAGCUAGUUGCUCAGGCAGACCAACCGAGGUCCAUCUGAUGUGGCCGUACCCAGGCAGUCGGCUGAUUUGGUUUGAAUUUUACCCUAUCCCACGAAUUUGUAUGUAUGCGCACAGUGAAGAGGAUUACAUCAAUGACUCAAGCUCGAAGAGAUCUACCGUGUUGUUCCACGCAGUUUCAACAAAGUUCUCAAAUGAUUGCUCCGCGCGUGCUUGACAAAUAACCCAAGCGACGGCGCCGAUGACGUUCGGCUCGUUGCGUCCUUUCACGGCUUUACCGGGUACGAAUCUUUCAGGCUUGACGGAUGGUGACAUGUAGAGGUAUUGCAGUUCAGCUGGAAUACUAGCAAGAUAUUUCUGACUUGCGUGUGUUGAUGUUAAAGAACACCACGGAGCAUC